UUUCGGUUUAAUCUAGUGUGUGACUGAGUCUGGGUGAGGGAGCGAGAUGUGUAUGUGAGGUGUUGGGGUGAGGCGGAGGCUAGAGAAGGGGCUCCCUCGGGAACGAGGGACAAAGCGGGAGGUCAGGCUACCCAGGCCGCCGAGCCCGGGCGCCGAGCCGGGCUACCGGGUAGAGGAAGGGCCCACGCAGUCCUCCCGGGGCGCUAGAGCCGGAGUCGGCCCCUCAGGCUCGGGCGCUCGGCUUCCUGCUUCCUUGCGGUCCCGGGCUCGCGGGCCUGAAGAUCGGCUCGGCGCGGGUGGGCGGCGGCGGCGAGCAGACUCGAGUUGCUGCGGGUGUCUCGUUCCUUCCACCGCUGAGGAACUCUCAUUUCUUCCCUCGCUCCUUCUCCCCCCCUCAUGUAGGAGGGCGCUGAGGAGGCGAGAGGGAGGAGGAGCCUGGCCUGCGGUCCCUUCCCUCCCCACCCCCUUUUAGGGGUUCCUUGGUGGGCGUGGAGUCGGGGUCGGGGGGGAGGGUGGGGCAUUUUGGAGUGCUGGGGAACUUUUUCCCCUUCUUCAGGCUCGGGGAAAGGGAAUGCCCAAUUCCGAGAGACAUGGGGGUAAGAAGGACGGGAGCGGAGGAGCUUCUGGAACUUCGCAGCCGUCAUCGGGAGGUGGCAGCUCCAACAGCAGGGAGCGUCACCGCCUGGUGUCGAAGCACAAGCGGCAUAAGUCCAAACACUCCAAAGAUACGGGGUUGGUGACCCCCGAAGCAGCAUCUUUGGGCACAGUAAUCAAACCUUUGGUGGAGUAUGAUGACAUCAGCUCGGAUUCAGACACCUUCUCGGAUGACAUGUCCUUCAAAUUAGACAGGAGGGAGAAUGAUGAGCGUCGUGGAACGGAUCGGAGUGACCGCUUGCACAGACAUCGUCACCACCAGCACCGGCGGUCUCGAGACUUGCUAAGAACUAAACAGACUGAGAAAGAAAAAAACCAGGAAGUCUCCAAAUCUGGGUCCACGAAGGACCGGAUAUCAGGAAGUUCAAAGCGUUCAGCGGAGGGGAGUGAUGACUAUGGGAAGGCACAAAUAUCCAAAAGCAGCAGCAAGGAAUCCAGGUCAUCCAAACUCCACAAGGAGAAGAUCCGGAAAGAACGUGAGUUGAAGUCCGGGCACAAGGACCGGAGUAAAAGUCAUCGGAAAAGGGAAACACCCAAAAGUUACAAAACGGUGGAUAGCCCCAAACGGAGAUCCAGGAGUCCGCAUAGGAAAUGGUCUGACAGUUCCAAGCAAGAUGACAGUCCUUCAGGAGCGUCUUAUGGCCAAGACUACGACCUUAGCCCCCCAAGGUCUCACACUUCUAGCAAUUAUGACUCUUACAAGAAGAGUCCUGGGAGUACCUCAAGAAGGCAGUCAGUCAGCCCACCUUACAAAGAGCCUGCCGCUUACCAGUCCAGUGCUCGCUCACCCAGCCCCUACAGUAGACGACAGAGGUCUGUGAGUCCCUAUAGCCGGAGACGGUCAUCCAGCUACGAAAGGAGCGGCUCUUACAGCGGGAGAUCACCCAGUCCCUACGGUCGAAGGCGAUCUAGCAGCCCUUUCUUGAGCAAGAGGUCUCUGAGUCGGAGUCCGAUCACCAGUCGGAAAUCCAUGAAGUCCAGAAGCAGAAGUCCUGCAUAUUCAAGACACUCAUCUUCUCAUAGUAAAAAGAAGAGAUCCGGGUCACGCAGCCGUCAUUCCAGUAUCUCACCUGUCAGACUUCCAUUGAAUUCCAGCCUGGGAGCUGAACUCAGUAGAAAAAAGAAGGAAAGAGCAGCUGCUGCAGCAGCAGCAAAAAUGGAUGGAAAAGAUUCCAAGGGUUCACCCAUCACUCUGACUAAAAAAGAUAAAGUUGAGGUGAAGGAGUCAGGGUUAGAGUCUAAAAAGUUACCCAGAGGUAUAAAGUCUGAAAAAUCUAUCCCAGAUACUGAACUGAUAAAUGUAGCACAUUCAAACACAGAGGUAAAAAAUUGUUUAGAUGCAGGGAAAGUUAAGUUGGAUGAGAACCUGCAGAAGCAUCCUGUUCUUAAGGAUUUGAAAGCUCAGGGAGCAAAAGACACUAAACCUGUAGCACUGAAGGAGGUGAUUGUUACUUCUAAGGAGACAGAGACAUCAGAAAAGGAGACCCUUCCACCUCUCCCCACAAUUACUUCUCCACCCCCUUUACCAUCUACUACCCCUCCACCUCAGGCACCCCCUUUGCCACCUUUGCCUCCACUACCAGCUAUUCCACUGCAGCCACCUCUGCCUCCUCCCCAACCACCAUCUAGUCAAGCUCCUGUUUCUAGUGCUUCAACUUUGCCCUCUUCUCCUCACCCAAGGACAUCUACUCUAUGCUCUCAGACAAAUUCUCAGCCCCCUGUACAGGUUUCUGUGAAGACUCAAGUAUCUGUAACAGCUGCUAUUCCACAUCUGAAAACUUCAACAUUGCCUCCUCUGCCCCUCCCUCCCUUGUUACCUGGAGAUGAUGAUAUGGAUAGUCCAAAAGAAAUGGUUCCAUCAAAGCCUGCAAAGAAAGAGAAGGAACAGAGAACUCGCCACCUACUCACAGAUUUGCCUCUUCCUCCUGAGCUACCAGGUGGAGAUCCAUCUCCCCCAGAUUCUCCAGAGCCAAAGGUCAUUACGCCUCCUCAACAACCGUAUAAAAAGAGACCAAAAAUUUGUUGUCCUCGUUAUGGAGAAAGAAGACAAACAGAAAGUGAUUGGGGGAAGCGAUGUGUGGAUAAAUUUGACAUUAUUGGGAUUAUUGGAGAAGGAACGUAUGGCCAAGUAUAUAAAGCUAAGGACAAAGACACAGGAGAACUAGUAGCACUGAAGAAGGUUCGACUAGAUAAUGAGAAGGAGGGCUUCCCAAUCACAGCCAUCCGAGAGAUCAAAAUCCUUCGUCAGUUAGUUCAUCGAAGUGUUGUUAACAUGAAGGAAAUUGUUACAGACAAACAAGAUGCACUGGAUUUCAAGAAAGACAAAGGUGCCUUUUACCUUGUAUUUGAAUAUAUGGACCAUGACUUAAUGGGACUACUAGAAUCAGGUUUGGUGCACUUUUCUGAGGACCAUAUCAAGUCAUUCAUGAAACAGCUAAUGGAAGGAUUGGAUUACUGUCACAAAAAGAAUUUCCUCCAUCGGGAUAUUAAAUGUUCUAACAUUUUGCUGAAUAACAGUGGGCAAAUCAAACUAGCAGAUUUUGGGCUUGCUCGGCUAUAUAACUCUGAAGAAAGUCGCCCUUACACAAACAAAGUCAUUACUUUGUGGUAUCGACCUCCAGAACUGCUACUGGGAGAGGAGAGAUACACACCAGCCAUUGAUGUUUGGAGCUGUGGAUGUAUCCUUGGGGAACUGUUCACAAAGAAACCUAUUUUUCAAGCCAAUUUGGAACUGGCUCAGCUAGAACUGAUCAGUCGUCUCUGUGGUAGCCCUUGUCCAGCAGUGUGGCCUGAUGUUAUCAAGCUGCCCUACUUCAACACCAUGAAACCGAAGAAGCAAUAUAGGAGACGUCUAAGAGAAGAAUUCUCUUUCAUUCCUUCAGCAGCUCUUGAUUUAUUGGACCACAUGCUGACACUUGAUCCUAGCAAGCGUUGCACAGCUGAACAGACCCUGCAGAGUGACUUCCUUAAAGAUGUGGAACUCAGCAAAAUGGCACCUCCAGACCUACCUCACUGGCAGGAUUGCCAUGAAUUGUGGAGUAAGAAACGUCGACGCCAACGACAAAGUGGUAUUGUAAUAGAAGAGCCACCUCCGCCCAAAGCUUCUCGAAAAGAAACUACCUCAGGGACAACAGUUGAGCCUGUGAAGAACAGUAGCCCAGCACCACCUCAGCCUGCUCCUGUCAAGGCAGAACCUGGUCCUGGGGAUGCAGUAGGUCUUGGUGACAUCACACAGCAGCUGAAUCAAAGUGAAUUGGCAGUCUUAUUAAACCUGCUACAGAGCCAAACUGACCUGAGCAUCCCUCAAAUGGCACAACUACUUAAUAUCCACUCCAACCCAGAGAUGCAGCAGCAGCUGGAAGCCUUGAAUCAAUCGAUUAGUGCACUGACUGAAGCCAGUUCCCAGCAGCAGAACUCAGAAUCCAUAGCCCCAGAGGAAUCAUUGAAGGAGGUACCCUCUGUAUCAGUGGUCAUGCCUUCGGCAGAACAGACAACUCCUGAAGCUUCGAAUACACCAGCUGACAUGCAGAAUAUGUUGGCAGUUCUCUUGAGUCAGCUGAUGAAAACCCAAGAGCCAGCAGGUAACCUGGAGGAAAACACCAGUGACAAGAAUAGUGGGCCACAGGGGCCCCGAAGAACUCCUACAAUGCCACAGGAGGAGGCAGCAGCAUGUCCUCCUCACAUUCUUCCACCAGAGAAGAGGCCCCCUGAGCCCCCUGGACCUCCACCGCCGCCACCUCCACCCCCUCUGGUUGAAGGCGAUCUUUCCAGCGCCCCCCAGGAGUUGAAUCCCGCCGUGACAGCCGCCUUGCUGCAACUUUUAUCCCAGCCUGAAGCAGAGCCUCCUGGCCACCUGCCACAUGAGCACCAGGCCUUGAGACCAAUGGAGUACUCCACCCGAUCCCAUCCAAACAGGACUUAUGGAAACACUGAUGGGCCUGAAGCAGGUUUCAGUGCCGCUGACACUGAUGAUCGCAGUUCUGGUCCAGCCUUGACAGAAUCUUUGGUCCAGACCCUGGUGAAGAACAGGACCUUUUCAGGCUCUGUGAGCCACCUUGGGGAGUCCAGCAGUUACCAGGGCACAGGAUGGCAGCAACAGGAAUGGCCCCUGAAGAACUCGGGGACAUCCGUCAGUUACUUUGCAUCCAGAGCCUGUCAAACAGUCUCAUCCACAAUACUUGAAGCCAGGUUCAGUGGAAGGUUCUACCUAUCCAGAUACUGCCUGCGAUACCCGAAGUAGAGGCCUGCAGCCUGCCUCCUCUGUCUUCAGUACUCAGAACCAGCACCUCCACCUUCUUUCCCUGCUAGUAGGUUGUGCUGUUUCACCCACUCCUCAAAAGAUGACCUCUAUCUGUCUCUCUCUCUCUUGUGUCUGUUUCUCUCCCUCCCUCCACCCCUCAUAUGAAUGGGUCUGUAGGUUCUACAUCUACCUUCUCAAGGAAUUGUUUUGUUGUUCAGUGUCUCCAAAAAGGGAAGUCAUUUGUCACUCAGCUCUUUGUCUUAGUAAUUUCCAAGUCUUAGUCUUUAUAGGUCCCCUUCUAAUGUCCAUCACUUUUUCUGUAAUUAGAACCUUUUUCUCAUUUAGUAGAUAUGUGAAGGGACCAGUAAACAGAGUCUUUGACUCUGGUGAAAAAUGACCCAGUAACAAAUACCCUUUCUCUUGGAAACUCAAAGUCUGAAGGCCUACUGGGGAAAGUACCUAGAUCUUUUGAGAGUAUUUAUCUAGUGUUUGUUCUUAGGACCAGCGUCUUAGGCCAGGCAGUGGUGACACACACACACUUUUAAUCCCAGCACUCAGGAAGCAGAGGCAGGUGGAUCUCUGAAUUUGAGGUCAGCCUGGUCUAUAGAGCGAGUACUGGGACAGUCAGGGCUGUACAAAGAAACCCUGCCACAAACAACAACAGCAGAAAGACCGGCAUCUUACCCCACAUACCUCAGGGAGUGGAAAAGGAAUGACUGUAGGGUAGAAUCAACCACUAGUGUUACUCUUUUAAAAGCAAGGGUGUCCACUUUAUUCUGGGGCCUGUGGAGAGUUGUAAGAGGGUGAGAGCAUCUUCCUGCCUCCUGGAUGCUAGAGAUAACACUGCCUUAUCCUUUGACUCUCUGGCUCCUUUCUCAGCAGUGUUUCUCUCACUUCUGCAACCCAGACAGCCAAAGCAACAGGCCUGGAUAAGUGUCUAAGUCAGGUGCUACUUCCCCUGGGAGCAUGUAUGACGGAGUGAGUAAGAGAGAUAAAGCAGAUGUUAGAAAUCAGGAGCUAUCCCAGGAAGUAGUCAGGUAGUACUAAAUGUUUGGUUCCUUGAUGUCAUUAGAGAGCACCAGCACCUACCUGAUUCCUCAAAGCAGUCUGCCCAGUAGGGCAACUGCAGUUCUGAUUUCUACCACACGAGGGCACUGCUGGCCAAUUAAAACGCAAGCCCCUCAGAAACAGUUGAAUGAGGGCACUCUUUCCAGGGACAGGAUCAGAACACUCCCAGAGAGCCAGAGAACCUGGACCAGAAGCCAGAAAAAAUAACUACCACUUGUUAUUCCUUUAAAAUGACCCAAGGCCUAUUCACUUGGCCCUUCAGGCCUGCUAAUUGAGUGGGUGCCUAGCUGAACUUAGAAUUUCCAGGUACUCUGUCUUUAAGGUAGGCUAUUCCUGACUCCAACUGUCGAACCCACUGCCUCCUUCCCCAAAGAUAUUGAGUUGCAGUCCAGGAGGGUGGGAAUGGUAAUAUUGCAGAGGGGAAAAGUUUUUUUUUUCAAAUAUUGAAAGAAAAGUAUCCUAGAUGGUGAGAAAGUAUUGAGAAACUGAAAACUGAGAAAAUGGGUUAUCUCAUCUCCUACAUGACACCCUCCCCAACACAAAUCUACAGAAUUCAAGUCUAGUAGAUCUUUGUAUCUGGUCAAAGCAAAGCAAAGCACAUCCAGGACUCUAGAGAGCUCUGAGCCAAAAAUAUAUCAGAAAACAGCAUGAGGGGGACUGCUUUGGCUAUGAGCCUCAUGUCUACCCUAUGCCAUGUCAUGGCUCUGCUGGGCAUGCCAAGUGACGUGGGCCCUAUGGGACUGAGGACUCCACAGUUUACCCUCAGACGGCCUUCCAGAAUGAACAGGCUUAGGGAAAUGACAGAGGUCUUCCUCCUUCCCCCAUGCCUGAAGGCCCCUCCCCAGGAGGACAGCUUGAUUAAACAGUCGGUGCUGCUGGAAUUACUGCACAGCUGGUGCUACCCCAGCACCCUGAGCAGAGCAGCAGUGCAGAUUAAAAUCUCCAAUUAGCGUUAAAGUGAAGUGAGGAGGUGCGGAGGCUGCCAAGGCAGCCAGGCCAAAACCCUGAGUUGGCACCCUCGCUUCUACCUAAUUCUGAACGCCACCCUUAGUUCUUCCUAACAGUGUCUAAUGUCUGUUAGUCUUGUGUCACUUGGGGCCAGAGGAGGACCUUGGGUUGGAAGCAGAUACCUUGCCCAGCAAGAUGCUAAGACUCCAUAGGAAGGAAGAAAAUGAGAUCAUCAAUGACUGUCAAGGAGAUGCCCUAUGCGCAGCCUACUAGGCAGCCAGGCCAUGGUCACAUGACACUACUGCUGCUGAUUUUUGCUUAGAGAAAGAGCCAACAGGAAAGGACUCUCUGAAGACAUGGUAUUCACAUGAGCAUUCGUCUGUGUAUAUAUUUUAUCCUAUCUGACCCAUCUGUUCCCACCCAAAUUAUGGCUUCUUCCUUCCUCUCUCCAUAUUCUCAGCUUUCCUGUAGGCAGGGGUAGACAUAGCCAAGCUCAAGAGCAUCAUCAUGCCUUGACACCUGGGUCCCAGUCAGUUGCCCUUUAUCUUCGUAGUUUGGGAAAUAUCUGAGGUAUACCAAGAUGAAUCAGACCCUUCCCACCCCUAGACAUCUUAUCCACACCAAUGCUCCCUCUGCCAUUUAUACUUGUGUUCCUCGCCUAUCAAAUCCAGAAGCAGGGCAGUACAGCUAACCAUAUGACUGCCCUCUGCCCCUUUAAGAGAAGUGGAGAUGGUGGGAACCCAGAUGACUUAACCUACUCACACCUCCAGAAAUUAGACACCAGGGCAUGGUGCCACCCUCCCAGACUGGCACAUGCUACCCUGGCAGAGGUUCAAGCACACCCCCCAUGUCAUACUCCUACCCUAUGUCUUCCUCUACUCCCUCUCUCCACAUCUUUUUUUUUUUCUCAGCUCAAAGCACAGCUGAGCCUUAAAAGGGGGGUGAGGGUGGAAAGACCAAGCUGGGGCAGGGGGGUGUAGAGCGCCAAUAGCACGUUUUCACCUGCCAUUUAAUUGGAUGUAUUUUUAAUUAAUGGGACCUCGGGGACCAACAUGAGACAAUCUGAUCUCUGAAUAGGGACAGGGGAGGGAUUGGAUAAGGGAGGAGGAUUGGGCCACUGGGUGCGGUUACCAGGAACCCGAGCCCAUCAAUCACUGGCCACUUUGCGUUCUGGCAUGGAGAACAGUGAGGUGGAGGAGGAGGGGACGAUUUCCCCCCAACUGCCAGGACCUCCAAAAGAGAUGGAAUUGUGCUGAUUGACUCAGGUCUGCAGCCUAAAUUUAUAGCCAAAAUAGUAGGUAAGGCUAUUUUCUUAGUAUAAGAUUAUGAAAGGGAAGUGGAGUUAAACUUAGAAGUUCCUGAAGAGAGAGAAUAAGAGCUAGGGACUAUGGACCUGGACUGUGGUAAAGAAGAGAGUUUGGGGCCCAUUCUAUACAUUUCUGUGGGAAAUAAGUGCCAUAGAAGUUACAGGCAAAAUGGCAUGCAAAUGAGACCUGGUGACUUCGGGUCUGAAUCUUAGAGUCUUAUUACUGUAAGAAGGGAACUUGGAGCUCAACUUGCCUGACCCCCUUCAUUGUACAGAUAUGGAAUCCAAGACCCAGAGAGGAAGAACCAAUUGAAUCCUGCCCUGAAGUUGCUUUAUGUUUUGGAUUUGGAGAGUUCCUGGGAGCACAGGGCAAGAAAAAGUAGCUCUACUUUCUAGCUAGAGUGAGGGUGCUCUUCCCAUCUACUGGUGAUCCAGAAAUGACUUUGGCUGGACAAAGACAGAUUAACUAUUCUUCGCGCAGGAAGAUGAGGUCAGUUUUACUCUUCCUCCUUCCUGGCAGUGUAAGGAGCUCUGGGGCCCAUUACUAAAGCUUAAUUCUGACCUAAGCUAUCAUAUCAUCUGGCCCUGAAUAUAAAGCUUGUACUAUGAGGGGGAGCCUAGAUAUACAGUGAGGUAUAGGCAGGAAUGAGGGGACUUUUGCCUCAGGAAAGAUACCUCCUUGUUCCUCUUCCUUCCCAAAUUACUUUCUUUACUCCCUUUCACCUCCCACUGGCCAGCCCAGUUCUUGGCCACCUGAUUACCUCCAAUCUGACCAGAUAUGGUAAGUAGUUAUCCCUCCUUACACACACCUCCUCCCACUUCUUUCUUCACAGCUGAGAGAUAGCUGAAUUUGAAUUGUUUCUACCACUGAAUGUCACAGGAUCUGAAUUAUAUUCCCAGCCUCUGCUGCUCAGCUUGACUCCACGACUGCCUUUGGAUUGGGAAGCUCUCAUCGCCCCUGCAAGUAUACCCAGGCCUGGACUGCUAUGUUUGUGGCAUCAAGACCUGCUCUGGAGUAGAGGGCGGCUUUAGAGGUGCAACUGGGGCCUUGGCCCUAAAUGUGUGUAUGCCUGUGCAUUGGGCACACUGGUUUAUUAGUGUUAUUUCAGCAUUGUGAUGCAGAGAGAGUAAGUGUAACAGCUGCUCCUUGCUUGCAGUGUUUAUUGUUACCUAGAGACAACCUCCUGGCUUUUUCCCAGAUUCCCCCCAAGCCCAGCCCCCUCCGUGCCCUGCCAACAAUCCUGUUCUCUCCACACUGAUGGGAAAUUUAUAGCUUGCCUAUAUCAUACCAUUAACUCUCUCCUGUCCAUAGGAUAUAUGGGUCAAGGGAAACCAAAGUGGAGAUUGGCGUGCUUUGGGCCCAGAGUAGAAUAAUGUAUGAAGAGCAGAGGGAGGAAGGAGAAUACAUUCCUUCCAUUCUAUGUCCAAUUUUAGGUCCCAGUUCUGCAAUCCAAGUAGGUCUGAUGCUGCUUAGUUUCUUAGAUCAGAUGAGAGCAGUCACAUUUGGGGUGAUAGGGCCAUAACCCAGUUGAUCUCCUGGCUCUUGUAUGAGAAGAAAAGAAGAAAGAGUUUGGGAUCUGGUCUUGACAUCCCAGAAGAGCUCCUUUGAACCUAGCCUUGGUAUCUUGACAUCUUCCUGCCAAAAUUAUUCUCUUCCCUGAUCAUCUCUUUAGUUCUUUAUUGGGUUGUCUAAAUUCGAGCAAAUACAGCAAGAUAGUUUUGGAAUGGAAGGAGAAUACAGAGUGGCAGAAUCCAUAGCCCCCUCCUUCUUGUCUGAGCAAGGUAACUGUGGAUGUCACAUGGAGGCAGAAGGUACUAGUUUGAGAAAUGCUGGCUAGACCACCACAGUGAAAUUGAUGUCAGACAUGAAGCCUGCUGUGGAGCCUGUUAGGAAAACCUUUACCUGCUAAAGUCCUAAGAGACUUCAGGCAUUCUUCCAACUGGCCUUCUUGAUUUGGUUGGAGUUCUCUUCUUCUGCUUAUCUUUCGUGGUCCAUUUUCUUGAAUUGCUCUUAGUUUGAUACCUUGGGGUAGAUCCAAGUGAUUGAGGAGAGAGAAGUGCCCUAUUCAUAAUCUCAGCAGAGAUAGAGACAGAACCCCUGUCAUCUACUUAGGACUUUUCAUACGGGAGAGCCAUGUACCUAUUCACCGUCCAGAUGGAAGCAAGAAGAGAGAGAAAAAUGACUUUAAUGGAAAGGGUUGAAUUAAACAUAUGAAAAAACUUACUCGUGGAAUGAAAUGUUUCUCUUCAUAAACUGUCCUUCUGCCUAUAAUGAAUUUGUCUGUACCUACCCAAGGAACAUUGAGUAACAUGGUUCUUUUUUCAGAUCUCCUUCACAUUGAUAGCCUCAGCACAAUUUCCUCACAGUGCAGUACUCUUUGAGGCUUUGAAAUGUUGUUUUUAGGGUGGUUAGAUUGCAUUGCAGAGGCAUUCCUGGGUUCUGGUACCAGCCAUACUUCCUUCGUUUGAAAUGCAAAAGGCUUGAGAAGCCCACCCCCACAUUCUUACAUAUCUUACAUUUUUGUUCAAGUGCCUUUCUUUCUUUAACUGCAGUGAUUAAAAUCUCUUAAUUCCAUUGUUUCAGAACAAAUUUUUAAAAAUAAAUGCAAAUAAACUGUUUUUCAAGAUUGUGACAAUUU